AUGCUUCAAAUACAAUAACUUUGUUAAGAUUCAGGUUUAUCUUGUGGAAGAGGAAUUUUUAUUGGAAUAUAUUCUGGAUUAAUUUUUGCUAUAUCAAUCUAUUGUUUAAUAAAGCUUUAUGGAUUUAUGGGUAGAAUUUCAUAUGAAAUGAUCCCUUUAACUACAUGUGCCAUACAAUCUUUUUUGCAUUUCAUCAAUGACAUUUUUUUAGUUACUAACUCUUUAUAAAUUGUUAUUAUUUACUUUUGUUUACAAACAUUUAUAUUGAUAUCUCAAAGCUUUUUUCAUUUAUACUAUAAAAUUACGUACUCCAAAGAAGAAUUUUAAGGAUAUAGAUUAAAAUAAAAAUAUAGCUUAAUUAUAUUUUAUAUUGUAUUUACUUCGAUUAUAAUAAUAAAUUUGAUUAAAAUAGAUGAUAAUAAUUGUUUAAUAUAUUUUGAUGUAGGAUUGGCAUUAUAAUUUAUAAUAAUAUUUUUUAGUGUUUUAGUUUCAAUACUUUAUGGUUAAAAAUUAAAACAUGAAAUGAACAGACAUGAAAAAACAAAUGUGACUAAAAUUGCAAAUUACUAGACUACAGCAGUGCAGAUAGUUCUAAGUUCAUCCGCAAUUUUAGAAUUUUUAAUGUCAAUUUUAUCUCUUACUACAUUUUAAGGAUUAUUUUGUAAUUUACCAUUAAAUAAUAAAAAUGAUUCAGGAUUUACACCUGGAGAGAAUGUAUAUUUAACUUUUUUCUCAAUGAUAGAAAUGACACCUUGUAUUUUAGUACCUAUAAUAUUUUUUUAUUUGCCUUAAAUACCAUAAUAAUAGAGUCAACAAAAUGAGUUUAACUUAAAUGAUACAUUUUUAUUAUAAACUGCAAGAUAAUCAUUAGAUUUUAGUGGAUUAUUAAGUAUGUCUAUUGAAUAAAAAUAAUGA